UUUUUUGUCUGGUUUUCUGUAGAUAGUGACAGUUCUCCUGCUAUUUCAUUUUCUGAGGAGGAGAAGCCAAUUCCUGGACAAGGCAAGAGUGUGACCAAGUCUAGUAAACUGACAUCAGCCAAGAAGACUGUAGAUCCUGGUGAGGAGAGUACUAGUGUGAUGGACGCUGUGCAGAGCUCCAGCAAGACCAGGUCUAGUAAACUGACAUCAGCCAAGAAGACUGUUGAUCCUGAGGAGAGUACUAGUGUGAUGGACACUGUGCAGAGCUCCAGCAAGACCAGGUCUAGUAAACUGACAUCAGCCAAGAAGACUGUUGAUCCUGAGGAGAGUACUAGUGUGAUGGACGCUGUGCGGAGCUCCAGUAAGACCAGGUCUAGUAAACUGACAUCAGCCAAGAAGACUGUUGAUCCUGAGGAGAGUACUAGUGUGAUGGACGCUGUGCGGAGCUCCAGCAAGACCAGGUCUACAUCAGCCAAGAAGACUGUUGAUCCUGAGGAGAGUACUAGUGUGAUGGACGCUGUGCGGAGCUCCAGCAAGACCAGGUCUAGUAAACUGACAUCAGCCAAGAAGACUGUUGAUCCUGAGGAGAGUACUAGUGUGAUGGACGCUGUGCGGAGCUCCAGCAAGACCAGGUCUAGUAAACUGACAUCAGUCAAGAAGACUGUUGAUCCUGAGGAGAGUACUAGUGUGAUGGAUGCUGUGCGGAGCUCCAGCAAGACCAGGUCUAGUAAACUGACAUCAGCCAAGAAGACUGUUGAUCCUGAGGAGAGUACUAGUGCGAUGGACGCUGUGCAGAGCUCCAGGAAGACCAGGUCUAGUAAACUGACAUCAGCCAAGUCUCCAGUAGUCACUGAACCUGGAAAUCUAUCAGAAGAUAAUGGGUGUAUCUUGUCAUCUGCAGACUGCUCACUAAAUGAUUCACUUUUGACACAGUGGAUAGGUAGUCUUGGGUUGUCUGUUCAUGAAAAAUGUAUUCUCGAAUCGACAGCUUGCCUUACUGCAAACCAUAUUUCGGCUGCAUCAAAGCUUUUGAAGAGUCAGUUUCCCUCUCAAAAUGGGUUGCAGGACAUGAGCUAUCUCCUACAAAAGUCUGUUUGGAAUUCUUCCCCACACACUUUUGUUCAGAUUAUUUUUGUUAACCCAAAUCACUGGGCAUGUUUGUCAAACAUUUUUUCUGAGGCUAACACAAUCGAUUUGUAUGAUUCUGCACUCACAAUUCCUUCUGUAGAUGGAUCAAUUCUCAAGCAAGCAUCUUUGAUUCUUCACGAAUUAAAUUUGGAAUUUAUUCAGAUUAAUUUGAUUAAUGUGUCCCCCCAAUCUGGAUCCAUGCACCGACUGUGGACUAUUUGCAAUUGCCAUGGCAGUUGAAUUAGCCAAUGGAACUGAUCCAUCGUAUAUCAAAUAUAGGCAAGAAACCAUGAGAAUAAGUUUGCUGAAUUGCUUCGAAAAGAAAAGUAUUACUCCUUUUUUGGGUAAGCGUCGCGUGGUGAAAAAAAGAAUCUUUGAUACUUUUUGUUUUCCGAAUUCCAUGUAUGAAGAAGAAGACACCAACUGUUCAGCACUGUCGUGCCAAAUUGCUACAAGUUCGAUUGAGCACCCUCAGUGGGUGGCAUGUGAUUCAUGCAACAAAAGGUACCAUUUGUUUUGUUUGGGAUUUCCAAAAGCCCCAAAAAUAUUUGUGUGCAGCAUGUGUUAACCGACACACACAUGCCCACUGUAGUUAGAAUUUAAUUUGGUCAUGUUUUUUGCUACAGAACACAAUUUUCUGAGACUGUUGAACUAACCGACACACGUACAUACACACAUGCCCAUGCACUGUAGUUAGAAUUUAUAUUUUAUCAUUUUUGUUAAUGUUUUUUGCUACAGAACACAGUUUUGUUAUUAUAGUAAUAA